AUGGGAGGCUCUGCUCUGCAAUUGACCAAUGAGCGCAGGGGGCGUGGUCGGCGGGACUGUUUGAGAGCCCCUGCGGCGGAAGCAUCGGUGAGUGGCGCUCCGCUGCCGAAAGGCAGAGGGAAGGGGACGGCUGCGGGCACCAGGGGCAGUGUGCAAGGGCUGCGGGAGAGUGCGGGGACUGAGGGAGUGUGCGGGAGGCGGCGGUGGAAGCGCCCGGGGCCAAAGUGCACCCUCAGGACUUUCGAGCCCGGAGUUGUGUUCUGCGGUGUUCUUCAGCCAGUGCUUUCCUUGGAGCAGUGCUGCGCGGACCCUAAGGGCAGUGCCCUUAGUCCUGUGUCGUGGUCGCCGCCAUGGCGCCGGUUCCUCCCCCCCCAGGAGGGCACCGUGGCCGUCAUGGUGCGAGUGCGACCCCUUGCCCCCAGCGAGGCAGCCAUGCAGCCCCCGCUGCUGAGGGUCGUCGACCAUCACACCCUCGUGUUCGACCCUGAGGAGUCUGCUGGUCCCUCCAGCUGUGUGCUCCCUGCUCGCCGGACCAAGAACCCAGGGAAACAUCAGAAGUUCAUCUUCGACCGGGUGUUUGCUGAGCAGGACACACAGGAGGAGGUGUUCCAGCACACCACCCGUGGCAUGGUCGACACCGUCCUCGAUGGUUACAACUGCUCUGUGUUUGCCUACGGUGCAACAGGAGCAGGCAAAACCUACACCAUGCUGGGCUCGGAGAAGAGCCCUGGCAUCAUCUACCUCACCAUGGUGGAGCUGUACAAGAGGCUUGAGGCUAGGAAGGAGGAGAAGAGCUACGAGGUCCUGGUCCCCUUCCAGGAGGUCUACAACGAGCAGAUCCAUGACCUGCUGGAGCCCAAGGGCCCUCUGACCAUCCGUGAGGAUCCCAAGAAAGGAGCUGUGGUCCAGGGUCUCUCCUUCCACCAGCCCAGCUCCGCAGAGCAGCUCCUGCAGAUGCUGCUGAGUGGCAGCAGGAACCGGACGCAGCAUCCCACGGAUGCCAACGCCUCCUCUUCCCGCUCCCAUGCUGUCCUCCAGGUCUACGUGAAGCAGCAGGACUGUGCUGGUGGCCUCAGUGGGGCUGUGCAGGUGGCCAAGAUGAGCUUGGUUGACCUGGCAGGCUCGGAGCAAGCUUUGGUGGCCAACACCAGGGGUGAGCGGCUGCGGGAGGGAGCCAACAUCAACCGCUCGCUGCUGGCCCUGCUCAGCGUCAUCAAGGCGCUGGCUGAGGCCAAGAGCAAGCACAGCCACAUCCCCUACCGGGACAGCAAGCUGACGCGGCUGCUGAAGGACUCCAUCGGCAGCAACUGCCGCACCCUCAUGCUGGCUGCCCUCAGCCCCUCGCUGCUGUCCUACCAGGACACCUACCACACCCUCAAGUAUGCCAGCAGGGCCAAGGAGAUCAAGGUCUCGCUGAAGAGCAACCUGCUCAGCCUGGACUCCCAUGACUGUCCAUAUGUUGUGAUGUGUGAGCUGCUGCUGGGCAGGGCUGGGCUCUUGGCAGAGCUGCAGGCCAAGCUCCGUGCCUAUGAGGAUGCUGCCCGCAGGUCAGAGAGCCAGGUGCCAGUGCUGCUGCCUCCCCUCCCCUCCAGCCCAUUGGAGCUGCCCAGGUUGGAGGAAGCUGUCCCUAAGAGGUGCCUGCACCUCCAGAGCGAUGGAGAGCAGCAGGAGCUGGCAGCUGGGAGUCCUGUUCCACUGCAGCUGGGCUUGGAGGAGGCUCCAGAGGAAAUGUCUCCCAUAGCAACCCAGCAGGCAGAUCUCCAGCAGGACCCAAAGGAACCAGGCCUCCUUCUGCAGGGCUUGAGUGACAGCCAGCCAGAGGGAGUCAUUUGCCCCCUCGGGGGAGGGCAUCGGAGCCGCAUCCCCCAGCUCCGGAGCGGCAGGCACAGAGCUGCCACGUCCUCUGCAUCCCAGCCCCAGCACAUCCUUCAGGCCCUCUGA